ACUUCAACAAUUUUAUGAUCAUAUUAUAUUUGAAAUUUUUACACAAUAUAUUUUUUAUUGUUCACAUUGUGUGUGCUCAGAUGUAAAAUCCUUAACAGUAGUAAAUAUUUUAAUACUUCUAUAAGUAAAUAGUGCCCAUUGUGCAUGGGAGGCAUCUAGUAAAUAUUUAUUGAUUGAUUACAAAUGGUUAUGAUAAAGGGCAAAAUAAAUGAUACAGCGGAUUUAUAUCUGCUAUUUAGCAGAUUGUAGAUUUAUAUAACAUGCUAAUUGAGUCAAAAAGGGAAUUAGAUAAGAGGGAGAUUACUGUGAAGAGACAGUCUUGUAUGGGAUAUGUGACUUACAACCAACCACAAACAAGGGAAAGAAAUAGUGAAUAUGGGAGCUACCCAAUGCAGAAAAUACUGUCAUUAUGGUGAACUUUAUUACACACCGGGAUAGCAUAGGAUUAUAAAAUAAUAGUAAUUGCAGACUUGGAAGGAUUGUCUCCACCCCUUUAUUUUAUAAAUAAUACAACUGAGUUGAAAAAGUGUCUCAAGUGUAGAGGGAAUGGGAGGAAGAACUUGGUCAAAUUUCCAUGAGCUUAGGGCUAGGACUUGAUCAUACUUUUCUGAUUCCAAGUGUAAUGUCUUUCCACCAUUCCAUGAACCAUGAAAAGUUAGCAUGACCAAUGAAUUUUAGAUGUAAAUUAUCUGGAAUUGUUUUUGCUAUGUUGCAUGAGCUCUAUUCAUGUGUAGAUUCUGCAGCAUACAUCUCUUUCCUGGCCUUGUCCUUCUCCACCAUAUGCUUUCACUGCUCAGGCUUUGUGAUCACCUCCACUCCCUGGGCUGGGCUACAAAGGUGGGAUAAUUUUAGGGUUUCUACAUUAUUUUCUCUCCUUAUGAGGAAAAGGUGAAUAUAAUCUGAUAAAACUACAAUAGCAUGAGGCUGAACGUGAGAGAGUAUGCAUAACGGUAAUAUAUUGCACAUGGAAGAAAUAAAAAAGGUAAGAAAAAUAAAGGUCAUCAGAAGUUGCUUGAGGUUUGGGGAGAACUACGGCCAGGAAUAACAAACUGUGAGGGAGAAAUCAAUGAAUUCAUCUGCAUUUCCUCUUUUUUUCCCUCAUGUUAUUCCAGUGCAUUUAGCAUUUGUUUUUGCCUGAUCUUCUUUUAUCACAACCUGUAGAUUGUUAGGGAGUCUAGGAAAUUAGAAGCAGUGCUUUGUGACAGUGAGUUACUGCCUAUUUUCUGCAACUACAGUUUAAGGGGGUUAUAUAGAGAUAUUUCGGCUUUGUGAGUUAAAGCAAUAUUUUUUCCUUACAGUUUGAAACUCAUGCAAUCAGACACUCCCCACAAAGUAUGAUUUUCUCUUUACUCUCCUUUCCAGGUAAUGCUAGAGUCAGCUCUGCUCACAGAGGCAAUGGAUGGAGCCAACCUCUCUGUGGUGUCUGAGUUUGUGUUCCUGGGACCCUCUAACUCAUGGGUGAUCCAGCUUCUUCUUUUCCUCUUUUCCUCUGCGUUCUACAUGGCAAGGCUGCUGGGAAACCUCCUCAUUGUGUUCUCUGUAACUUCUGACUCUAACUUACACUCCCCUAUGUAUUUCCUGCUGGUCAAUCUCUCCUUUCUUGACCUGGGAGUUUGCUCUAUUGCAGCCCCCAAAAUGAUUUAUGCCCUUUUUAGAAAAUGCAAAGCCAUCUCUUUUGGGGGCUGUAUAACUCAGAUCUUCUUUAUUCAUGCUGUUGGGGGCACGGAGAUGGUGCUGCUCAUAGCCAUGGCCUUUGACUGACAUGUGGCCAUAUGUAAGCCCCUCCACUACCUGACCAUCAUGAACCCACGAAUAUGCAUUUUAAUUUUGGCUGCUGCCUGGAUCCUUGGCCUCAUUCACUCAGUGGCCCAACUGGCUUUUGUCAUAGACUUGCCCUUCUGUGGCCCUAAUGUAUUGGACAGCUUUUGCUGUGAUCUCCCUCAGCUCAUUAAACUUGCUUGUACAGAGACCAAUAGACUGGAGUUCAUGGUCACAGCCAACAGUGGACUCAUCUCUGUGGGGUCUUUCUCCAUAUUAAUUAUUUCUUACAUCUUCAUUCUGGUCACUGCUCAGAAACACUCUUCAGAUGGUUUAUCCAAGGCCGUCUCUACUUUGUCAGCUUAUGUCUCUGUGGUUGUUUUAGUUUUUGGACCAUUGAUUUUCUUUUAUAUCUGGCCCUUCCUCUCAUCAGAUUUGGACAAAUUUCUUGCUAUCUUUGAUGCAAUUCUCACUCCUUUUCUGAAUCCAGUCAUCUAUACAUUGAGGAACAAGGAGAUGAAGGCAGCAAUGAAGAAACUUUGCCAUCAACUUGUGAGUUAGGAAGAUGUCCUAGCUAUUCUAAAGAUAAACAACAAUGUAGCUCUGCACUUGAAGACAAUGGAAGAAAUAAAGUCAACGAAAUUUAUAUCUCAAUUACUUUUGUGUACUAGGUUACAUAUAGGCAUUUACCGUGUUAUUGUGUAUCUCUAGUACUCUAAUCAAUAACGAUAAAGGGAGCUAACGUUGGAGGCUUCUGUGUUUCAGACCCUAUGCUGGAUGUUUAAUAGAGAUCAUUUAAUAUUCAUGACAACUCUGUGCAGUGAGUAUUUUUACCUCAAUAAUAUUUUUUAUAAGUUAAGACAUGCUGUCUGCUCAUUGUCUUUGUAAUUACUAUGUGAAAUGUUUCAAACCUAAGCUAUCUUUCACCGAAUUUCCCACUUUCAUUAAUCUUCUCUCUCAAAAGGUGCCAAACAGAGGAUGUGUUCAAUAAUUCAGUGUUGGAAGUUAGUGUAUUAUUCCUCUUCACUGUUAUACUUUCCCUGUUUUGAAUUGCUCAAUGUGUUUUUCUCAAACUACCUACCAAACUGUCAUAAUGCCUAAUUGCUUUCAUUUCACUCAUUCUUGCUUUAGUAUCUGCUUGCUUCCUGUAUCCUUUGGCUACUUAGAGAACUGUUGCUUAUAUAAUAGAAGUUUGGAAAUUUAGAACUGGAAUUUGAGAGAUCAUUUGUUCCAACCUAUUAUUUUAUAGAUGAUUAUAUUCAGACACAGAUGUUAUAUGAUAGAUUUGAAAUGAGAAUUUGGUUUCCUCACUUUUAGAUUAAAAAAAAUUUAAGCCCACUUAUUGAUUUAAAUUCUUUAGCUUUCCACUAACAAACUGUACCCCUGCCCUUCUAUUGCCUUUUUAUUUCUGACCCCAGUGAGC